UUCCCUCCUAGUACCAAGUAGUAACUAUAGUGAAACAUUGUCCGUCUCUCCUUAAACCCUGUCUGGUCUCCUUAAACCCUAAUCGUGGAAAUUCGUCACCUGUCUCUCUCAGCGACCCCAAUUUAGGAAUUUACAAACGAGAAAAUGCCGGUUCGGAUCCGAUUGGCUCGGUUCGGAUGCAAAAACAAACCCUUUUACCGGGUCAUGGCUGCCGAUAGCAGGUCUCCUCGUGAUGGCAAGCACCUCGAAGUCUUAGGCUACUACAAUCCCUUGCCAGGCCAAGAUGGUGGCAAACGAAUGGGUCUUAAUUUUGAAAGGGUGAAAUAUUGGCUAUCUGUUGGGGCUCAACCCUCAGAACCUGUGCAGCGCAUUCUUUUCAGAGCAGGGGUACUUCCUCCUCCGCCAAUGAUGGCAAUGGGACGUAAAGGUGGACCACGUGACACAUGCCCUGUUGAUCCUAUGACUGGUCGCAUCUUGACCCUAGAGAAGCCACUUAAUGCUGACCAGGCAAAGGACACUGAAGGGGGAGGGGGGUAUCCAGGGUCUCAAGAAUCUUUGUUUCUACUCGGAUAUCCUCCGGAGAAGCAGCCUGGUCUUGCUUAACCUUCGAGUUUGGACAAUAAGUCUCAUCUUUUCUGGGAAGGCAGUAGCUUGUGUAGUGAUAUUGGUACUUUGCUGCAUCACAGAUAGGGUUGAAUCAUGAGUGUAGAUGUACUUAUGUGUUUUUUGUGUGUAUGUGUUCCCAAAUUGCCAGCCAAGUUUGCCCCUCCUUGAACUACACACAAGUAGUUUCAUUGAGAAUGAUUUGAGAGCAAAGUACUUUCCAAGAAUAAUUGACUUCCUUGCAGAUAUCCUCUUUGUGGGAAGCUGAUUUGUAAUUCUGUGAAUGUAAUGUUUAGGAUACUAUCCAAUUUAUGAGAAAGUCCUCUUUUUUGUUCAAACUUAAAAA